AUGGCCAACCCUCUAGAUCUCGACAUCGACUACGCUCCCCACGAGCCAGACGAGCUGGAACAGUCCAUCUUCAACAUCCUCGCUGCCUAUCUCCCCCACGACUCCCCAACAACCCCCGAAGAAGCAGCCACCCAAAUCCACGAUAUCUUCCCCUACAAGAACCCGAACAUAAAACCCAAAGACAGUAAUGCGGUCGGGUGGUGCUAUGCAUUCUGGCAUCUAUGGUUCCGAAUCGCCCCGCAGCUGGGUUAUCGCGAUGAGCCCAUGCAGCGGUUUAUCGCGUUAUUCAAAGCCCUCGGGGAACUGCCGGAGAUUGUUAUAAAAGAUGAUGACAAGUGGUAUAAUGGGAGGAUGGUGUGGCAGGAUAAGCCGUAUUAUGGGAUGAUGUUCAGUGAGAGAUGGGAUAUGUGCUCCCCAUUGCCAAACGGAAAGGAUAACAGUAACUGGAAGAAUAUCAAUGGUCUAGCUGCCCAUCUUACAAAUGCUGGCCUUGAUUCGAAUCUAUACUUCGCUUUGAAUUGUAUAUCGAGUGGUUUAGAGAAAUACGACGGUAGGUGCAGGAAGAAAUGGUAUCUAGAAGGACGCAAAGCAACUGUAGCUCUUGCUGCACCUGCUUCUGCUGUGUGGAUGAUAUUGAGUGCGCCCAAGAUACAUGAGGCCUGUGAGAAGGAAUUGUUGGAUAGGAGAGAUACUGAAUGGUUGGAGGAGAGGGCACGACAACCCUUUUCUGUUGCGCGGUGGGAUGCAUGGAGGAAUCGGUUUGUUGCCUUGAUUGAUCAUCCAGAUGCGACAGAGGAAACCAAGGAAAUGGCAAAGGCUGCCAUAGAGGCGAUGGAGGCUGUCAGACCUGGUUCGAGUGAAACGGCUGCCUGA